AUGUUGAAAUACAAAUCCAGCAUUUCACUCACAGAGUGCAAUAGUGGUAGAGCUGCAGACGACCCCCGCACGGAAGAGCAACAACAAUCAGUCAGUCAGUCAGUCAGUUCUCCCACAGUGCUGGCAGUUGCAUCCCGAACCAGCGCAUGUGUGACGGCAUCAAUGAUUGCUGCAGUAACGGAGAGGAUGAGUUUGUGCAGCUGUGUGGGAUUGAGGAGUGCCGGGAGAAGAAUGUCGGGUGUGUGUGAGCCUGUUUACAUCAACACUCGAGAGUCAUACUACUGCCAGUGCCAGCCAUGCAGUGUACAGACUUGUGUCAGAAAGUUCAAGUGUGAAGACGUUGACGAGUGCGUGGAGUCGCCCAGAUCCUCUCCCUGUGGACCAUCCCCUCAGCAGUAUUCGAUCCGCGCAGCAGCAACAACGGUUAUGAGAAGCCGGUCAUUGAAGUGUCAACUCCCCAAGCUGGCACGGUGGUGGGUGUUGUGCUGGGCUCCCUUGGGGUUCUUUGCCUAGCUGUUGGGUGUACAGAUGUUUGUCGGGUUCCUGAAGAUGCGUCGACGUGUUAUCAUCCACGCAAGCUUCCCCAACCCAACCUUUGUACCACAGGACAACAGGCAUUCAGGAGAACAAGAGGAGGGAGUGAGCGGCUGCAUUGAACGGGACAGCAUUACAUUCUUCCCACAGUUGUAUGACUACACUGAAGCAAGCCCAGAAUAAAGUGUUGAGUGACCAUGAUGAAUCAGUACUACUAACGCCAAAGAAGUGAGGGAAGUGUUUGGAGUGAG